AGGGCAUCUGCUAGGCAUUUGUUUUGAGCAGCUUUAAUUUAAAAGCAAAACCUUUAGAACUGUGUCUUGAAGUCAACUUUUAAGUGCUGUAAAACUACUGGACUUCUCUGGCGGUGUCAUCUGACUUUUGGACUUUUAAAUACCUAAUGCCAUCUGUUAAUUUCAAAUGGAUCCAGACUUGCAGGUGGAUUUGAUUGAUGUUUCUCUGAUUCAGCACGUCCUAUCAACUGAACAAAGCCAGAGGGAAGAGCAGAUUUCUCUGAACUUGCAGCAAAUCUCUAGAAUGCUGAUGACACUGUUCCAAAGGGCAAGAUUAGAAAAACCAGUCCAGGUAGAUCCAAAAGCUGCUGAAUUCACAUUGAGCCUGCUAAUUGCCCUGUAUGCAGAGUUGCUCUUCUUCUGACUUCCAAGAUAUUUUGAUACACUCCUAAGAAAGAAUCCAUAUUUGCCUCUGGAGAGCAGUACCCAUGCCCAGAUCUGGAACAGGGUAUGUCACAACUAGAUCAGCUGCAGCUGCCUUAAUUUCUCUUUCAGGAGACACUCUACUGGCUAAAUACAGAGCUUUAUUCCAGUUUUAUGCUGUCCCUGGCGGGAAGGAGGCCUUGAUAACACAUAGUGCCCUGAGAAGCUUGCUAACAGACUUAAAUCAGAUCCCAGCCAUUGUCGGAGGAGGCUGCAGUCUCUCUUGUGUGGAAAUUGCCAUUCAUGACUGUUUCUGUGGGGUUCUGAAUGCAGCUAUUGUUGAAGAAAAAUUCCUGUCUUGGCUGAGAUCAGAGCCUGCUGUUCUCCUGUGGCUCCCUACAUGUUACAGAUUAUCAGCCACAGAAAUGGUUUCUCACGAAGCUACAUGUAGAGUCUGCAAAGUUUUCCCCAUUACAGGCAUCAGGUAUCGCUGUUUAAAGUGCCUCAAUUUUGACCUUUGCCAAGCCUGCUUUUUCACUGGCCGUCUCUGCAAACCACAUAAGAGGUCACAUCCUGUUGCAGAAUACUGUGUGCAGAUGUCAGCAAAGGUGAAUGCAAAACACUUUGUCCGCACCAUCAGGAACAACCUGUUUCAAGAGCGCUGCAGAAGAAAAGAGGCUCAGAGAAGGACAGCUCUGGAGUCAGUGAAGGAGAGGCACUUCCCUGCUCACAAAAAGGCUUUUCCUCCUGUGGAACUGAGUGCUUCAUCACCACCUGGUCCUGAAACUAUGCCUUUCCCAGUGGACAGUUGUGUCCCAGAGUCACCCAGGUUCAUAGCUGAAAACAGGACUGGAAUGCAGGAGAGUGAAAAUGACGAGAAGACACCAGAGCAAGACAAAACAAUAGCUCAGGCAAUAGCCUCUUUUGAAGCAGAGGUGUUAAAAAUGCAUGAAUCCAUUAAAGGCAUUCACAGUGACAGCAGGUACAUGAAGAAGCAGCUCAACAAAUGGAAGGACAAAAUGCAAUUUCUUCAUAACUGCCAGGAAGAAAAAAGCUGCAAAAUAGAGGCAAAACUCCAGAGACUGAGAGUAAGCCAUGAAAACCUGCAAAUGACACUGCAGCACAUGAAGGAAGAAGUAAAGACCAUGUUGCAGUCAUCAGAGCAUCCUUUUGCACAGUGUCAUAAUACAAUGCCAAGAAAUCCACAUGUUCUGCUGGAAAGCGGAAUGCAGAGUGAAUUAAAUCCUGCCCAAAUAAGGCCUACUUCCAGAACAUGUGCAGAAUGGAAAUCUUUGAAUCCCCCAAACUCUGUAAACAGAAUGCAGCUUUUACAGAAACCUGAGGUUCCCGCUGCAGUGGACUUUAUGUUCUCAGAUGACGCACUGGAGUCAAUGUCCCUGCGGAGUGACAAACCCUUUAUGGGACAGCAUAACAAAGUGAAAGAGAAACAAACAUAUCUGCCUGAACUGACAGAAAACUCUCCUGGUGGAACGGGGAAUACCGUUCUUAUUCCCACUGCAAUGCCGAUACCACCUGAUGAGAAGGAAGUCAGAGAGGAACUGGAACUGCUGAUGAUGAAACUGAAGGAUACACUAUCUCUCCAAACCCAACCAGCCCAAGAAACUGCUUUGCACCAGGAGUUGUUCUCUGCAGCUGAGCAUGUUUGCAGGUCCUUUUCUGACCUCAUCAACCAUGUAAUUUCACCAGCUUGUAAAUGAUGGAAACUACCAUUCACCUUACAACUUCACUGAACUAUUAAGGUUAUCAGCUAAUGCUGAUUCCCCUACGUCACAGAAGUAGCUGGAUGAAUGCUGGAAAAUUACUUUGUUAUAAUUGAAAAAUGCUGUAAACAACUCUUCAGCCGGAUCAUCGUCCUGCAUCUCUAUACCAACAAAGAACAGCUUUUAUAGAAAUGAGUGUUUAACAUACACAUUAGAACACACUAUCAUCAUCUAAAAACUAAAAAAAUCCAUUAAACAACUCCUUUUCUUAUGAUCCUACCUGAAAACUAAUAAAUUAAAAAAGCCACUAUGCAAGCAUCAAAUAGUCAAAGAAGAAAAAUGCUAUUCCAAAGCUGAAAUUUGUAUGGACAUAAUUAAAAAUUACAAAACAGAAGUAA